CGCUGAGGGGCCGCCGCCGCCUCGUCGCUUCCCGCCCUUUUCGCCUUUUCCCCUCAGCGGCCCCAGGGAGGGGCCGCCGACUCGCGCGACCGCCGCUUUUUCUCCGAGGCGAUGGAAAAAGAAAACCCGUUUAAAUUGUUCGUGCCGCCGCGUCUGAGCGCUGGGCAGCCGUCUGCGGUCAGAACCCAGGGUUUUAACAAAUGCCCAGGUGAUGAUUUUAAGUUGCCAUUCCGUACCCUGAACCGUGGUGAAGUCGCUGAUUCAGCUACAAUGUCACAGCAAGUAAAACUUUGCUCUGAAGUAGAUGAAGAGAAUAUAGAAACAAUGAAUGAAUUGUACUCAAAACUCUACAAAGAGGCUGAGAAGAUCAAGCAGUGGAAACUGACUGUGGAAUCAGAACUAAAUCAGAAAGAAAGAAAACUGCAAGAAAAUAGAAAUGUUAUUGAAGCACAACAUAAAACCAUUCAAGAACUGCAGUUUGAAAAUGAAAAACUCCAUUUAAAACUGGAAGAUGAGCUAUGUGAAAAGAAAGAUCUCUUGAAAGAAAACACUGCUUCAAGGCAUCUGUGCAAUCUGCUCAAGGAAACCUGCACUCACUUCACAGAGAAGACCAGCAAAUAUGAACAGGAAAGAGAAGAAACAAGACAACUGUACGAGGAACUUCACAGCAACGUAGAAAGGAUGACAGUGGCGUUUGAAGAGCUUCGUGGGCAAGCAGAGAAUGACAGAUUGGAAAUGAGUUUCAAAUUAAAAGAAGAAGCAGAAAAAAUGGAGAAGCUCGAAAGAGAUUGCAAACUGGAAGUCAGUCAGAAGGAAGAGCAGAUUUCAGCUCUUAUCAUACAGAGUGAUGAAAAAGAUGAUGUAAUAAGAGACAUCAAGGCUCAGCUGCAGGAAUCACAAAAUAAGAUUGCUGACUUAAUAGAAGAAAAAAGUAAGAGAGAAAUUUUAAAGGAAUCCCAGGUCAAUCAAGAACAUUUGAGGGCAGAGCUGGAGGAGGCCAAAACUUCAUUGGAAAAGGCAGAGGUUACUCAAAAGAGCUUAGAAAACGAAUUCCAGACUACAGUGAAAACAUUAAUUCAGGUCACUGAAGAAAAAGAAGCACAGGAGGAGGAAUGUAAAAAAACUAAGGCUUUGCAUGCAGCCCUGACAGCAGAGUUUGAGACUUCUAUUGCCAGUUUGAAAAGCUUGCUGCAAAAAGAGCAAAAUAGAUUAGAGAAAUGUGAAGACGAGUCCAAGCUGCUUACCUUGGAGCUCAGAAAUAAGUCUGCUGAACUGGAAGAGAUGACUAAACUAAAAUGUGACAAAGAAAUGCAGCUUGAAGAACUGUCAGGAACACUGGAGAAAAUUGAAGGACUUUUACUGAAGAAGGAGCAUCUUGAGGCUACUGUAGAAAGUUUGCAGGAGAGAGAAGAGGAAACAAAAAAUGUUCUCCAAAUGAGAGAGAAAGAAAUCCACGAUUUGAAAGCACAGCUGACUAGUACAGUUGAAAAGGAACAAGAUUAUUUGAACCAGCUUUUGACUCUGAAAACGGAUCUUGAACAAGAGACGUUAAAGAAUGAACAACUGACUGUGUGUAUCAAUAAGCUUUCACUAGAGAAGGAACAAAUAGCACAAGAGAAAAGUGAUGUGGCUGCAGAACUCAAGAAACUGCAAGAAAGUCACAAGGAUAGCAAGAAAAAAGAAGAGAAUACAAAGCAGUUAGUUGAAAACCUGGAAGAGGCAAAUAGCCAGCUAAGAAAUGAACUGGAGUCUUUGAAGGAGAAAAUGGCAAAGACAGGGGAAGAGAUUGAAAGUAAACUGGAUGAAAGAGAAGAAAAUAUGAAUAAUUUAAAGAAACAGGUGGAAAAUAAAACCAAAUGCAUUGAAGAGUUGCAGCAGGAGAAUAAGGUGCUGAAAAAGAAAAUUACUGCAGAAAGCAAGAAAACCAGUAUUUAUGAAGGAAAGGUGAAUAAAUUGCAGUUAGAGCUGGAAAAUAUGAACAAGCAACACAAGGAAACAGUUGACAGCUAUCAAAAAGACAUUGAAACAAAAAAAGUAAAUGAAAAUAAACUUCAUGAAGAGGUAGAAAAGUUGAAGUUGCUUUAUGAUGAAGCAACAAUGAUACAGAGAGAAACUGAUAUCCGAUGUCAGCACAAGAUAAAAGAAAUGGUGGCACUAAUGGAAAAACACAAGCAUGAAUAUGACAAAAUGGUUGAAGAAAAAGAUGCGGAGUUAAAACUAUAUAAAAUUAAGCAGCAAGAGCAGUUAUCAUCAGAAAGAUCACUGGAAAGUGAGCUGUCACGUUUGAAAAGCGAACUCUCAUCCCUUAAGGAACAACUGAAAGAAGAAAUCGAGGAAAAGGAGAAUCUUGUGAAAAAACACUCCCAAAAUAGGGUUCCUGAAACUGAAAUGGAGCACAAGACCUAUGUGAUAAAGACUCCUCCAGUCCAUACCCUGCAGGGGGAGAGAAGCACAAAUCUGCCUCCCGAGCAGAGCACGAGGAAAAAGCAGAAAGUGCUUCUCCAUCUGGACACUCACUCGGACAGCUCUGAGCACAGCGACCUCCUGAGCAUGGUCUCGGAAGAGAAAAUGUUUAAGAAGUUGUACCAAGAUUAUCCUCAAGCUUCACAAUUACAUUCCACAGCACCAAAAAAGACCUAUGUGAUAAAGACUCCUCCAGUCCAUACCCUGCAGGGGGAGAGAAGCACAAAUCUGCCUCCCGAGCAGAGCACGAGGAAAAAGCAGAAAGUGCUUCUCCAUCUGGACACUCACUCGGACAGCUCUGAGCACAGCGACCUCCUGAGCAUGGUCUCGGAAGAAAAAAUGUUUAAGAAGUUGUACCAAGAUUAUCCUCAAGCUUCACAAUUAUAUUCCACGGCACCAAAAAAGACACCGACUCUCUCCAGUGUGAAAUCUCCAGGCUCUGCACUGAAACUCAAAGCCAUGAGAAAGAUGCACGAGGCAGGAUGGGCUGCAGUUUCCAAAGUGGACAGGAGAAGAAAAAUUAAAGAAGUUGCAAAGUUCUUUGCUUAAAAUGCAGAAAUGAGCAGUGCCCUGGCAUUAUUUAUCAGUGUCAGUAACAGUGGCACUAAUAACAGAGUUGUUAUUCUUUCAGAGUACUUUGGUACAUUUUUCUGUCAUACUCAAUGUGUUGAAUACAUUCAUUUCCAUUACACACAUAAACUUCACAGAUCCAGAGCUACAUCCACCUGCAGAGCCUUUCCCACCUUUUCCUCCUCUGUGCUAUAAAACGUCAGGACACAAAUUAGCCAAUUUUAAAUUUUGAAAUAACUACAUAGAAAGUUGUUUCCAAACUCUUUCUGGCAUUAGAAAUACUGAUUUUAAAGAAGUUUAAUUCUGUUCUUUUAAAUUUGCUCUGUUUUUCUUAAUACAUAAUUCACAGAAGAUACUUUGUGA